UUGUAGUUUUUCCUUUAGAGCAGAGACGACUUUUAUUUCCGCCCCCUCCCCUCCACAUUCCUGACCUCUCCCUCCCCCCCUUCCCUCUUUCUUUCCUUCCUUCCUCCUCUUCCAAGUUCUGGGAUUUUUCAGCCUUGCUUGGUUUUGGCCAAAAGCACAAAAAAGGCGUUUUCGGAAGCGACCCGACCGUGCACAAGGGCCAUUUGUUUGUUUUGGGACUCGGGGCAGGAAAUCUUGCCCGGCCUGAGUCACGGCGGCUCCUUCAAGGAAACGUCAGUGCUCGCCGGUCGCUCUCGCCUGCCGUGCGCCCCGCCGCCCGCUGCCCGCUGCCCAUGGGGGAGAUGCCGGGCGCGCUGGCCAGGGCCCGGCUCGAGUCCCUGCUGCGGCCCCGCCACAAAAAGAGGGCCGAGGCGCAGAAAAGGAGCGAGUCCUUCCUGCUGAGUGGACUGGCUUUCAUGAAGCAAAGGAGGAUGGGCCUGAACGACUUUAUUCAGAAGAUUGCCAAUAACUCCUAUGCAUGCAAACACCCUGAAGUUCAGUCCAUCUUGAAAAUCUCCCAACCUCAGGAGCCUGAGCUUAUGAAUGCCAACCCUUCUCCUCCACCAAGUCCUUCUCAGCAAAUCAACCUUGGCCCAUCGUCCAAUCCUCAUGCUAAACCAUCUGACUUUCACUUCUUGAAAGUGAUUGGGAAGGGCAGUUUUGGAAAGGUUCUUCUAGCAAGACACAAGGCAGAAGAAGUAUUCUAUGCAGUCAAAGUUUUACAGAAGAAAGCAAUCCUGAAAAAGAAAGAGGAGAAGCAUAUUAUGUCGGAGCGGAAUGUUCUGCUGAAGAAUGUGAAACACCCUUUCCUGGUGGGCCUUCACUUCUCUUUCCAGACUGCUGACAAAUUGUACUUUGUCCUAGACUACAUUAAUGGUGGAGAGUUGUUCUACCAUCUCCAGAGGGAACGCUGCUUCCUGGAACCACGGGCUCGUUUCUAUGCUGCUGAAAUAGCCAGUGCCUUGGGCUACCUGCACUCACUGAACAUCGUUUAUAGAGACUUAAAACCAGAGAAUAUUUUGCUAGAUUCACAGGGACACAUUGUCCUUACCGACUUCGGACUCUGCAAGGAGAACAUUGAACACAACAGCACGACAUCCACCUUCUGUGGCACGCCGGAGUAUCUCGCACCUGAGGUGCUUCAUAAGCAGCCUUAUGACAGGACCGUGGACUGGUGGUGCCUGGGAGCCGUCUUGUAUGAGAUGCUGUAUGGCCUGCCUCCUUUUUAUAGCCGAAACACAGCUGAAAUGUACGACAACAUUCUGAACAAGCCCCUCCAGUUGAAACCAAAUAUUACAAAUUCCGCAAGACACCUCCUGGAGGGCCUCCUGCAGAAGGACAGGACGAAGCGGCUGGGAGCCAAGGAUGACUUUAUGGAGAUUAAGAGUCAUGUCUUCUUCUCGCUAAUUAACUGGGAUGAUCUCAUUAAUAAGAAGAUUACUCCCCCUUUUAACCCAAAUGUGAGUGGGCCCAAUGACCUGCGGCACUUUGACCCUGAGUUUACCGAAGAGCCUGUCCCCAAUUCCAUCGGCAAGUCCCCCGACAGCAUCCUCGUCACAGCCAGCGUCAAGGAAGCUGCCGAGGCUUUCCUAGGCUUUUCCUACGCGCCUCCCACGGACUCUUUCCUCUGAACGCUGUUAGGGCUUGGUUUUAAAGGGUUUUAUGUGUGUUUCUGAAUGUUUUAGUUAGCCUUUUGGUGGAGCCGCCAGCUGACAGGACAUGUUACAAGAGAAUUUGCACAUCUCUGGAAGCUUAGCAAUCUUAUUGCACACUGUUCGCUGGAAGCUUUUUGAAGAGCACAUCCUCCUCAGUGAGCUCAUGAGGUUUUCAUUUUUAUUCUUCCUUCCAACGUGGUGCUAUCUCUGAAACGAGCAUUAGAGUGCCGCCUUAGACAGAGGCAGGAGUUUCGUUAGAAGGCGGACGCUGUUCUAAGAAAGGUCUCCUGCAGGUCUCCCUAGGCUGUGAUGAUGAAUAUUAUGAAAUGUGCCUUUUUUGAAGAGAUUGUGUUAGCUCCAAAGCUUUUCCUAUCGCAGAGUGUUUCAGUUCUUUAUUUUCCCUUGUGGAUAUGCUGUGUGAACAGUUGUGUGAGUGUGGUAUGCCUGAUCACAGAUGGAUUUUGUUAUAAGCAUCAAUGUGACACUUGCAGGACACUACAACGUGGGACAUUGUUUGUUUCUUCCAUAUUUGGAAGAUAAAUUUAUGUGUAGACUUUUUUGUAGGAUAUGGUUAAUAAUUAAAAUUUAUUGAAAUGGUCUUGCAAUGACUCAUUCAGAUGCUUAAAGAAAGCAUUGCUGCUACAAAUAUUUCUAUUUUUAGAAAGGGUUUUUAUGGACCAAUGCCCCAGUUGUCUGUCAGAGCCGUUGGUGUUUUUCAUUGUUUAAAAUGUCACCUGUAAAAUGGGCAUUAUUUAUGGUUUUUUUUUUUUUGCAUUCCUGAUAAUUGUAUGUAUUGUAUAGAGAAAGUCUGUACAUUGGGUUAUAACACUAGUAUAUUUAAACUUACAGGCUUAUUUGUAAUGUAAACCACCAUUUUAAUGUACUGUAAUUAACAUGGUUAUAAUAUGUACAAUCCUUCCCUCCUCCCAUCACACAACUUUUUUUGUGUGUGAUAAACUGAUUUUGGUUUGCAAUAAAACCUUGAAAAAUAUUUACAUA